AUGAUUGAAGGAGAGGAGGAGAGAGAUAUAAAAAAGAGAACGCUAGAAGAGGAAUAUGGUGAAGAGAAAGACGAUGAGAGGAUACAUACCGAAGAAGAAGAAGAAGAAGAAGAAGAAGAAGAAGAAUAAGAAGAAGAAGAAGAAGAAGACGAAGAAGAAGAUAUUGCCCACAGCUUGGUUAAAUCGAUGCUUCUGAAAUAUUGA